AUGACAGCAGCAACUGGUGACCAAAAGAAACAAUACGUGCUUAUACUUGGUGGUGCUGGUUUUAUUGGUAGUCAUUGUGUUAUUGAGUUGAUUACAGCUGGUUAUACACCAAUUGUAAAAAAAUUUCUUUUUUUAGAAUGUUUAAAACGUGUUGAACAAAUUACUGGAUGUCAAAUAAUUAAUUAUAAAAUUGAUUGUCUUGAUAUUGAAAGUUUACGAAAUAUUUUUAAAAAAUAUUUAAUUUAUGCAAUAAUUAAUUGUGCUGCACUUAAAUCAGUUGGUGAAUCAGUACAAAAACCAAUUUUAUAUUAUAAAAAUAAUAUUGGUUGUUUACUUAAUUUACUUACAUGUAUGGAAGAAUUUAAUGUUAAAAAUUUUCUUUUUUCAUCAUCAGCUACUGUCUAUGGUA